UUUGACUUUUUAUCUUUUUAGUUAGGUAGGGUACUUACAGUAAGACUAUCAAUACGAUAAAAAGUACAAUUUAAAGAAUUAAAUUACAAUGGGCAAUUGGAAGUUAGAAGUCGGCAGAAUGGCUAUGUACACAUCAUUCCCCGUUGCACUUUUUUUUUUCUUUAACCAACCAACCUAUUUUGAGGAAUGGGUAACUAAUACUAAGCGUCAAAUAUUUCCACCAGAAAAUAAGCAGGAUCGAGAAGCUAUACAGAAGUUAAUUCAAGAUAUGAGGAAGAAACAGUUGAGAGCAGUUGAAAGAGAGUAAAAUCGACAAGAUUGUGUUAAAAUAAGUAACUUUGUAAAUAUUUAAAUAUAGUUAAUAGAAAAUACUUUCUUUUGAUUUAC